ACCUCAAUUGGGUAUGGUAACAUUGCCCCAAGCACUGAAGGAGGAAAGAUUUUCUGCACUCUGUUUGCAAUAUUUGGAAUUCCGCUGUUUAGAUUUCUCCUGGCAGGCGUUGGGGACCGGCUUGGUACCAUAUUUGUCAAAAGCAUCGCCAAGGUGGAGAAGAUGUUCCGGAUCAGUCAGACUAAAAUCUGUGUGGCCUCCACUCUCCUCUUCAUCCUGGCUGGCUGCAUCUUGUUUGUCACUGUCCCAGCUGUGAUAUUCAAACACAUUGAGGGCUGGACGGCUCUGGAGUCAACACAUUUUGUUGUCAUCACUCUAACAACAGUUAGAAUAGGUGACUAUGUUGCAGGGGGAGACAGAAGGAUUCAGUACCGGAAGUGGUACAGACCACUGGUGUGGUUCUGGAUCCUGGGUGGUCUGGCCUACUUUGCUGCAGUGCUGAACAUGAUUGGUGACUGGCUGAGGGUGCUGUCUAAAAAGACAAAAGAAGAGGUUGGAGGGAUCAAGGCUCAUGCAGCAGAAUGGAAAGCAAAUGUGCGAGCAGAGUUCCGGGAGACUCGUCGGCGUAUGAGUGUUGAGGUCCACGACAAGCUGCAGCGAGCUGCCACCAUCCGGAGCAUGGAGGGACGUCAGCUGGGCUUGGACCAGCGUGCCUUGUCCCUGGACAUGCUUUCCCCAGAGCGCCGUGCCAUCUUCAACAGCUUGGACACCAACAGCUAUAAGACUUCCUCCCAAGAGAGCAUCGACUCCAAGCUGAACAACCUUCGCCUGCGAGGGGCAGAGCAGUGCGACCGGAACUCCAACCACCAGACCACGUCUGAGGACAACAUUUUCAACCGCCUGGGCUCCGUGUCCAAGUUGGCCAAGCGCAACAGGAAUCGGGACCUGAAGAAGAACAUCCCGGCCGAGGCUCGCAGGCCUCACAGUGAGGCCUACGGCUGCAGCACGCCCACUUUUGACUGCAGCACAUCCACUGCAGAUGAAGGGAAAAGGAAGGACGAAGGAGAAGAUGAGAAUGAAGACAAAGAGUGCAACACUAGCUUGUCUGAUUUUCCGCUGUUUGUGGAUGCUUGCAAUGGGUUUAUUCCAGAGCAGACCAAAGAGAAUGAGAUUGGGAAAACACUUGAAAUAAAAGAGCUGCAUAUUCAAAUGGACCAUAGACUGUGUGUACUCCUACACGAGGAGGUUUUAAAUACCACCAUUAGUGCCUUUGGUCUCCUUUAUUAAUGUGUGUGCUUAAACUGAGAUAGGACUUAUCCCUUUGUGCUAUGUACUGUAAUGUCUACAUAUUCAAUGUGGACAUUACAGUACAGUGUGUGUCUUACUGUACAACCAGCAUGGAGCUACUGGUUAUCCUCUCUGGACCUGCACACCGCUUGUUAAUGAGGUAAUACUAAAAGUAAAAACAGAAAAAUACUGUUGGAUUGUUUUUCCAAAACUUUAGCAGAUUUCGGAAGCAAACAAGAGCCUAACUUAUCAAUGAGGUGAUGGGUCCCUCCCAGGUGUCAGGCUAUUAAUUAUGUAGCAAAACUGACCUGAUGAUGCUGGAGUGGCAGAAUACAUCCCCUCUAAUUGUCAAACUGAAGACUUCGCCUUUGGAGGCGGAAUCAAGGAAGACAAGUUUUGGAUUUCUUGUUUCUAGCCUUGUCUGUCUUGGUUGUUUUGAUGUUGGUGUGGUCCCGUGUA